UCGGCCAUGAUCAAACAGUAGUUUGUUUGUGGAUAGCUGCAAUUGGGAGUUUCGCUGUUUGUGUGCGUUAUUCUAGAGAGCGGGUGUGGUAGGAGCGUAAUUUUUAUUCGAGGAUUAUCAUUUUUCCCAAUAUACACAACUAUUUACUGAAUUGACUGAAAAGAACCAUCAUUAUAUGCGUCGUCUGCUAGGAGGACAUUAGAACUUUGUUUUGCAGUCGCAGCACCUGAAGUGGCAUCUUUUUACUGGAUUUGUGAGUUCAAAUCAGUGUGAUGUGAAAUGAAACGGAGAGCAGAAGACACCGUUAAACAGGAACAAGUGCAGGUGGGAGUUUAUUGUGGACAACCCCGCUCUCGUGCUAGUGGCAGUGGCUUUGUUAUGGGAGAUUCUGCACCUUCAGCACUUGCGACACACUCCAGUGCAAGAAUUCUUUCCUCACUUUCUGGAAAUGGUGCUGUUUCUUCAUAUACAUCAGGUCCACCAAAGGCUACUGAGCGUAAUGAAAAUCUGACGGGAAACAUUCAAUAUUCUUCCACAUCAUAUAGUGCUAACAUUCCAGGAAGCUGUGUGUCAACAGCAGUGAAGGUACAUGGCUGCCUUAGCACAUCUGCAUCACCUGUUGUGUCAAGCACAGUGACCUCUACAGCACAUCAGUUUCAGCGACUAAAAGUUGAAGAUGCAUUAUCGUACUUAGAUCAAGUCAAAUUCAAGUUUGGUAAUCAGCCACAAGUUUACAAUGACUUUCUUGACAUUAUGAAGGAAUUCAAAUCACAGAGUAUUGAUACCCCAGGUGUUAUACAGCGUGUUUCCAAUCUCUUCAAAGGACAUCCUGAACUUAUUGUAGGAUUCAAUACAUUCCUUCCACCUGGAUACAAGAUUGAAGUUCAGUCAAGUGAUCAGGGGCAUUCAUUCCAAGUAUCAGUUUCAAUGCCUAGUCCCAGUUCAGUGACUGCAGUACCUACACAUGUGGCAGCUGGCAUGGUGACACACCAUUUGUCAAUCCCAGCAAACCUCAACACCUCAGUGGCAGCUGGUGCAAUACCAGCUACAGCUACACAAUCAAGUCCUGUUGCUACUGGGAUUGUGAAGCCAAUUCAUAGCCCUACCCACCAUUCAGCUGCUGCUGUUGCAUCUGCUUCUGCUGUUUAUCACAACGUAGCUUCAGUAACGGCAGCUGCAACAUCAAUACCUGCUGUUGCAUCUACUCCAUCACCUUCACCUAUGGUUCCUCAUCAUCAUAUAGCGCCUUCAACAUCACCAGUACCUGCUGCUGCAGGGUAUACAUCUCCAGCACAUUCUAUAAGCCAUGCUGACCAUUGUAUGCCUCAGGGGCAAGGUCAGCCUGUCGAAUUCAAUCAUGCCAUAAAUUACGUUAAUAAAAUCAAGAAUCGAUUCCAAGGUCAACCAGACAAAUACAAAAAAUUUCUUGAGAUUUUGCAUACCUAUCAAAAAGAGCAACGUAACAUGAAAGAAGGUCAUCUGCCUCCUGGGAAACAUUUGACAGAAGCAGAAGUGUAUUCACAAGUUGCAAAAUUGUUUGAACAUCAAGAUGAUCUUCUUGCAGAGUUUGGACAGUUCCUUCCAGAUGCUACUAGUCACCAGGCAGCUCUUGGAGCACGACUGAGCAGCGGUGAGCAUUCAACUGUCCUUAAGAGGUCUUCAGGACCAAAGCCAGGCUACAGCAGCAACUCUUGCAGUGGCAGAGAUUCCUCACUUUCAGCACUGGAUCAACGAGCAGGAAUGGGAAGCAGUAAAUUUGGCCACAGCAGUGGGCAAAUAAAACGCACUUCAUCACUGUCAAGCUCAGUAUCAGGAUCCGGGGUUUCCGGAACACAAUCAAAAAAACAUAAAUUGGCAACACUGAGGGAUAUAACUAUUACUGAAGCAGGAAAAUAUUCAACAUUAAGUGAUUUCGCAUUUUUUGAUAAGGUGAGAAAAGCUUUGAAAAACACAGAGGCAUACGAAAAUUUCUUGCGUUGCCUUACACUAUUCAACAAUGAAAUUGUGUCCAGUUCAGAGUUAAUUCAACUCGUCACACCAUUUCUGGGAAAGUUCCCAGAACUGUUCAAAUGGUUUAAGCGGUUUAUGGGCCGUAGUGGAAAUUUGUACCAGUUGCCUAGUUCAUCACAUAAUAAUGCAUCAGAAAAUUCACACAGCAAUGGACAUCACCCAGACAGAAUGAUUGAGUCAUUGGAAGAGAUAGAUUAUACAACAUGCAAAAGACUUGGUGCUAGUUAUUGCGCUCUGCCAAAGAAUUAUAGGCAACCAAAAUGCUCUGGAAGGACACCUCUGUGCAAAGAAGUUCUGAAUGACACUUGGGUCUCUUUUCCCUCGUGGUCAGAAGAUUCAACUUUUGUUACAUCAAGGAAGACACAAUAUGAGGAGUUCAUUUACAGGUGUGAAGAUGAGAGAUUUGAGCUGGAUCUUGUGAUAGAAACAAACACUGCAACAAUUAGAGUCUUGGAAGGAGUAAAUAAAAAAAUGUCACGGAUGUCACAUGAAGAAUUAGUAAGAUUCAAAUUGGAUGACUGCUUGGGAGGAUCAUCUCCUACUAUCCACCUUAGGGCUGUUCGCAGGUUAUAUGGUGAUAAGGCACCUGAUAUUAUUGAGGGUUUGAAAAAGAAUCCAACUGUAGCUGUUCCAGUAGUACUUAGAAGACUCAAAUCUAAAGAAGAAGAAUGGAGAGAAGCUCAAAAAGGCUUCAACAAAGUGUGGAGGGAACAGAAUGAAAAAUACUACUUAAAGUCACUGGAUCACCAGGGUAUAAAUUUCAAGCAGAAUGAUCUGAAGGCCCUAAGGUCAAAAAGUCUUUUCAAUGAUAUAGAAGUGAUUUUUGAUGAGCGGCAUGAACAAGCAGAAGAGACAACAGUAGAUGUUUCGACAGGACCUCAUUUGAUUCUGCCCUAUAAAAACAAAUGUAUAUUGGAUGACACUGCAAAUUUGCUCAUCCAUCAUGUGAAGAGACAAACAGGUAUUCACAAAGAAGAGAAACAUCAGAUCAAAUUACUUCUCAGACAGCUGGUACCUGACAUGUUCUUCCACCCACGACAAGAGCUGAGUGAGGAUGAGAGAGAAGAAGACGAAAAGACGGAUGGCAGUAAAGAAAAUGCAAGCAGUAAUGCAGACCAGUCAUGCAGAAAUAUCAGCAGUGAAGAUCUCAAUGAUCAAGAAGUACCUGACAUUAAAAAGUCGGAUGUCAAUCUACCACACCAUGCUAAAUCUUCACAUCCUGGGGAAUCAUAUACACUCUUUUAUGCUAAUAACUAUUGGUAUCUUUUCCUGAGACUUCACCAAAUUCUCUGUGAAAGACUUACAAGGAUGUAUGAAAGGGCAAGAUUUCUUGCUGCAGAAGAAUGCAUGUACAGGAGAGAUCGAAGGGAGUCAACUGCUGUGGCAUUGCGAUUAAAACCAAAGAGUGAAAUUGAGGUGGAAGACUACUAUCCAGCCUUCUUAGACAUGAUAAAAAAUGUGUUGGAUGGAAAUAUGGAUAACAGCACGUUUGAGGACCAUUUACGUGAAAUGUUUGGAAUCUUUGGUUAUCUCUCAUUCACAAUUGACAAAGUUAUUAUAUCUGCUGUUAGACAGUUGCAGUUCCUAGUGACUGAUGAAACUUGCCGAGAAUGUAUUGAUCUGUAUCAUCAAGAAAAGAAACAUGGUGGGGCUGGCGGAGACUGUAAAACUGCUUAUUUAAGAAUCCCAGCAGAGCAGUCUUACCAACGGAAAGCUGAAAAACUUCUAUUAAAAGAAAACUGUUUUAAAGUUGUAAUUUACAAACACGAUUGCCAACUUACAAUAGAACUGUUGGACACCGAAGAAAAUUCUCGAUCUGAGGCAGAGCCAGAUGAAAAGUGGCCAGCAUUUGGAGAGGGAUAUAGUGCUAGUGCUGCUGAUGGAGUUGGAGGUAGUCAGACAAGUGCAACAGUAACAGCAUCGGAAAUUCGUGACCGUGAUGAUGACCGAAUGGACCUCAGUGCAGAAGAUAAUGAUGAGCUGGAAUCAGAAAUUGGCAGUGCACAAAGAAGGAAGCCAGUAUUCUUACCUAGAAAUGUUCGUAUGUGGAGACAACGUUCAGGUCAUUUGGGUAUGCUGACAGAUUAUUCAGAAGAUAGAAUGGGUGAUAGAAAAUAUAUAUGUGAAUUGGAGGACAAACAGGAAAUUGAUGAAAACCAGGAGGAUUCUGAGAGAAAAAACAGUGAAAGCAGUUCAGAUGAGGAAGAAGAAGAAGAAGAAGAAGAAGGGGAAGAAGAAGAAGAAGAAGAAGACGAAGAAGAUACAAACAUUGUUUCUUCAACCAACCAAGAAGAGGAGACGCUUACGAAUGCCACAGAAGUCAGAGCCGCUGAUAGCACUUUCUGUAACUUCAAUAUUAAUCAGUAUCGCAUGGUUUUUGUUGUAAAUCAAGAAAAUUAUCUUUACAGACGAAAAGCAUUUCACAGGGCACAUCAGUUACAUUCUUCCAUAUCUUUGAGACUUGGGCUCAAAUUCCGCCGUUGGCAUGUCAGUUGGGUGGCAGCAAAUGUCUCAGAGAUGCAGCACAGGGCAUGCGAAGACUGGUUAAUGGGCCGUGGUGAGAGUUUUGUUCCAAACAGAACUCAUGUUGUAACAGUUAAUGAUGCAAACAGUCCCCCCUAUCGAUCAUACAAUCGAUAUCGGGUGGAAAGACUAAGCGCACCAAGUGGGUCAAGUGAAGAAUAAAGUACUACUGGAAAACGUAGAUGUAGUUAGAGUAAAUGGUCUAUAUGUGAAAUUUACUACUGCUGCUUUAUCUUUAACCCUUUCAUUCCCACAUUAUGAAUUCAGCUAUGGAGAAACUAAAAUUGAGUAUAUACCCAACAGAUGGAAAAUAUUAUAAAUCUGAAAUCAAUUAACACAUUAUUUGGUGAAACUGUUAGCAUUACUAGGUACAAAAAUGAAAUAAAAGUAACAGUUUAUGAAAAAUAGAAAUUGACAACUGAAAUAAAGACACCAGCAGUUUCUCGAAAUACACAUGACUUCAUGUGAUAGUCUCUGAAACAAUUCUUUUUUGCCAUCAAACAGAAAUGUACCACAUAUUUUCUGUGCAUGAUAUGUGCAAAGCCUUUUGGGCAUAGUUUGCACUGUCCUUGCUUGACAUCAUACUCUGGGCAAUGUCCAAUAUUGUCAUAUUUGACACCAGUACCUAGAUCUGUUGAUAGCUGCACCUUUCUUUUCUUUAAAUGUUUCUCACUUCUGUGCAGUCUCCCUUCCCUUUUCGUGUCAGCUUUUCCACUCUUUGUCAAACCUGUUGAUAUAUCAGCUUGAAAUUGCUUCAGUGAGUACUCAUUGGUUUUCUGCAGUUGCCCUUGACAUCACCUGUACAAUAGCCAGCUGUUUACAACUGCUACCCCAGAGAUCAGAAUACCAGUCUUAUACACCACUUCUUAGAGAGUAUGUCAAUUCUAUACAGCUCCAGAGGCAUGUCAGCUUUAUCAACACCUCCCAUGAAUGUACUGAACUCUUUUACAACAAAUGAUCUGUCUAUCAGUCCUUUUUUCUAUAGCACGCCAAAUUUUCCAUUUCAGUUCCAGCGCUCUGGCAGCAUAUGAUGAUAUGAGAUUGAUGGUUUUCUUAUCAAAUCAACAUAUAAGGGACAGGUUAGACUUGGUUUCAAUUCUCGAAUUUUUGCUAACAUGCCCCAGUUUCUUCAGAUCUCUUUCAUUUGGCAAAGGAUUUUUCCCAUUCUGUCCUGCCUACUAGUGCCAACACAGAUCCUGUCUAACGGUGCCAACACAGAUUGUACCUUUAUCUUUUAGUGCUACUGCCAGUUGCAAGGAUGAGAACCAAUUAUGAAAAUAUACAUAGAAUUUUUGUCCUUCAGGUAAAUAUUAACAAAGUGCCACUACUAUGUCUCCAGAAAAUCCAAGUCCAAAACCAUCAUAGGUACGUUUACCCACAUAAGGACAAAACUCGUACAUAAUUACAAAUGGACCUACCCACAUGAAAAGUUUGAAACCCCAUUUGUGGGGUUUAUUUUGAAUGUACUGUUUCAAGUAACUGCAGCCUUGGAAUGGCGCAGCCUGUUUGCCAACAGAAUUGUAUUAUUCUACUGGAAUUACUUUCAUACUGCAAAGAAGUGUGUCGAGCAAUGUCUGUAUUUUAAAUAGUCUUGAUCAGUUCUUGGUUUUUUAUUGGUGUUAUCCACUGUACUAAAAUACUUCAUAAUUUUUCGGAACCUAUUUCAUCUCAUUAUACCUGCAAUAGGAGGGUAUCUACACAUCACAGAUUAGUACAGUUUGGUAGCCACCAUUUUUACAAGCCCUAUUUGGAGUAAAAUUUCCAGAAACUGUUCAGUUUCGACUUCCACACAGCUGAGUACCUGUCCAUCUUUUUGAUGAGCAAACAAAUUGCUUUGAAUACAGAUUUCUUUUAUAAUACCACGUGUAAUAAAUGUUUUGAAAUACGUGAGAAGAGUUUUAAAAUUUGUUGCAGGGUAUGGGAGGUACUUGCACCACAUAAUAUUUGGUGAUUCAAAAUUUAUUUUCGUGAAUGUACACUCAUUACUAUGAUUUUUUUGGAUAGAUAGUUUUGUCUCGGAAAAAGGUGAAUUACAUGAUAAAAGUGAAGUUAUAUUAGGCCCUGGUACAGAUGAAUUUACUUCAGAUACACUACUAGUAUUUGCUUUAGGGAAGGAUGGAAGGGGACUGCUUUAAAUGAACUACACUGGUGGAAUCAACACUCUGAGGUUUGUCAGUAACAAACAUUUUGUCACAUAAACAGGAAAGUUCAUCACCAGCAUUAUUAUAAUCAUAUCAUAUCAUCAUCAUCAUCAUCAUCAUCAUCAUCAUCAGUAUCAUGAGACAAAUCACUAAUUUCUAACAAAUGGCCAUUGUUUAUACAUGGACCGAGUUCAUGGAUUUCUCAGUGAUAAUUUUUUCUGAAUGUUCCACUGUCAUAGUCUAAUUUCAGUCUACCAGAAAAAUGGAAUUACAAUAUAUACAAGUUUUCUAAGUUUUGGCCUCUAAUCGAAGGCCACCUUGCAUGCUAGUCACAGCACAACCUGAAACAAAGCAAGUGAAAUAUUUACAAUAAUUAUAUCUCAAUUUAUCACUCAUUUUCUUAAUAUAAAUAGCAAAAUAUAGGCGACUGCUUUUUCUUGACAAUUAUUAACCUUAUACUCCCAACAUUCUUCCCAGACUUCACGCAUCUGUAUCGAGAUAUAUUACUACUUCAGACGUUAUUUUGUUCAUAGUCACUUUGUUGGAGCAAUAAUACAAGCAUAAUCUUCACCAUAGUACCAAAGAAAUAACAAUUCACUGGUAAAAUAAAAAUAAAAUGAACAUAAAUACACCUUACCAACGGUUGUGUAACAUGAACUCCAAGUCAAAAAAAUUCAUGCACCUGAAAUGGGUACAUGCACCACCAAGUGGCAAAAUUUCUUAUUAGAAGCAUGUUGUCCAUCAACAAGAAGGCAAUUUUAAGGAUCAACACACACAAUACUGUGUAUAACAGCGUUUACUAUGGUGUUGUCUCGGAACUACACUGGGAAUGAAAGGGUUAAUAUGCAAUAGGAUAGACUUAAUAAAUAUUUGUAGAAACUUUCCACUGAAAGUGAUAUAAAGAUCUCAACUCAGUAGAUACUUAGUAAGCUGCAGCUAUAAUACAAAACAUUGCAUUUUAAUAAGCUAUAACAAUUUUUUCCAGUACCUAUAUGUAACUGGACCUUCAUAUAAUCAUACUUAAUGGUUAUUUAUUCAAGACUAGUGAAUAGGAAUAAGUAUAGUCUUCUUGUCUCAGUUCACACUGUGUAGAAUGUGACAGUCAAUGACUGAAUCUGAAUCUUGUGUGUAAUAAUGUAACACCCGCACCCCACACCCCCUGGCUCAUUGUUAUUUACUUUUGUCACCUUUUUGAUGCUAUUGUAUGUUUUUAAAGAUAUUCAUUAGAUGUGCUAUUGUACUUAGCUGUGAUAAGUUUUACAGUUUUACCUGUACAUACUCAUGUUUAUUUUGUCAAGUACUGCUCCUUGUAAGAUUUUUUUAUUUUUCCUCCCUGAUAUCAUAUCUCAGUAGUUUAAAAAAUGCUGUUUUACUAUUAAAAGAAAAGAAUCUUGAUGUUUAGCUUCUAGUUGUGACUUCCAUAUUGGCUAAAGAUAAUAUGGUUUGCAUGUAUUUGAUGUUUCUCAGCAAAUGAAGAAAUAUUCACAAGUAAAUCUGUAUGCUCUUAGGGAAAAUGUGUGUCAUGAAGGUUUUCUUUUUCUAAUAUCCAAUCACCACCACAAGAUGUGAGCUGCUGUAUCAUCUCAUCUAAAACAUUUCUGUUGUAUUAAAAAUUUAUGUUUAGGUUAGUAUAAAAAUGUAUAAUUUCUGUAACUGAUAGUUAUCUGACUUUGUUAAGCCUUUUUCCUUCAUGUGAGAAAUGUUGUAAACUCUGUAAUUUCAGCUCACUUUAAAA